AUGACGACCGACGCUACCGUCAAGGUCUUUUUCGCCUCGCCGCAGUUCGCCGUCGUCGGUGCUAGCUCCAACCCUGCCAAGUUCGGCCACAAGGUCUUCGUCUGGUACCAAGACCACGCACUCUCCGUAACCCCCAUCAACCCCAUCACCCCCAGCAUCAAGACGCGGCACGGCACCCACCCAACGCUCAAGUCGCUAUCAGACCUGCCGGAACCGACCAACACCUCGCUGUCCAUCAUCACGCCGCCGCCCGCGACCCUGGAGGUCCUGCGCGAGGCCCGCCGCGUCGGCAUCCCGGCCGUGUGGCUGCAGCCUGGUACGUGGGACGACGCGGUCAUGGCGUUUGCGCGGGGCGCGGACGGGAAGGAGGGAAAGGAGGGAAAGGAUGGGGAGGGGUAUCAGGGCGCGGUUGUGGCCGGAGAGGGCGGGGGUGGGCAUGGAGGGUGGUGUGUCCUGGUUGAUGGGGAGGAGGGGAUGAAGGAGGUGGGACAGCUGUAA